AUGGCCGCCUCGGAACAACAAAAUAUUGAUUUACCCAAAGAGUUUAGCCUGUUACCCGCAGUUUACGAUAUUCUUAAGUCGAUAGAAAAAACAAACGAUUCUAAUGAAGUCACAAGAAAGGUAGCUGUCUUCCAUGAGAAGAUACAAUCAUGUCGUGAAUUGUUGGAGAAAAUACCAGGUGUUGAUACAAACAUGGAGAAACAGAAGAGAGAGCUUGAAUUUUAUCAAAACAAAUACAAAGAAAAAUGUGAGCUUUUAGAACAAUACAGAACACUGCCAUUAUUUACUCAGAAUCCAAAUAUUCAAGGACAGUAAAUUGCUUCCACUGGAUCCUAUGGUAGUGGUUUCAGAUGUGGCCUUGUCUCAGCCUUACCUAAUGUCACAAAACAUAGGCUGUGAUACCAUCGUUCCUGACAAACAAGAAGACUAGCUGGCUCUUACUAAACACACUGAGCUCCUUGAUAUUGAGGGAAUGAACCAUUGCAAUGACUUUAUUGCACGACAUUCAAUAUAAUAAUUUACAAAAAUAAAUA